UACAGUAUGUUGUACUAUAGUUCUGUGGUUGUGCCUAUGUAGAACUGUUCAUGUUAGAAAAAACUACGAGGAAGUAGUACGAGGUCAAUGGUAAUAACUUGAUAAUUGAGAUUAAACUGUGAUAAGGAUACCGGGUUUUUAGACUUUUAAAAAGAAGUAUGCUCUGACAUUUGUUCUGUGGUAUACUGCUAUUAAAGACAACAGUUGUAGUACAUCACGAGCACUCGUCGUUCUGUUUAUGUCUUUAUGGGUUUAGUACUUUAGACUUUGGUGUUUACAAAUUACAACUAAUCAUACAUUCAUAAUCCAUCGUUCAUAUUAUAUUUGAUUUCUUUCAACAAAAUUGAGCGGUCCUGUUUAAACUUGAAUAAUAUUUUCUACAAAAAUGAUUAGAAUUAUUAAAGUAACUAAUCGCAUCUGGGGAAAUGUAAAUCACGCUCAAAGGUUAUCGUCGAAUGUCUUGCGUUUUUCCAUUUCUGCUGUUAAAGAUCGUUAUUAUACUGACAAACAUGAAUGGAUUGAUGUGAAAGAUAAUAUUGGUACCAUAGGAAUUUCAGAUUAUGCUCAAGAUGCUUUAGGUGAUGUGGUUUAUGCUGAGCUGCCUGCUGUUGGAACAGAAAUAAAAAUAAAAGAAUGUGGCGCAUUAGAGAGUGUAAAAGCUGCAAGUGAACUAUACAGUCCAGCAUCCGGCAAAGUGAUUGAAAUAAAUUCUCAGGUGGAAACAAAACCAGCAUUAAUAAAUCAAUCUUGUUAUGAAAAUGGAUGGCUAUUCAAAUUAGAACUAUCAUCUCUGGAAGAAAUACCGAAUUUAAUGAAUGAAGAACAAUAUGCCGAAUUCAUUAAACAUGAUCACAGUUAAUGCUAAAGUAACUGAUUAUCUGUUAGACAAAAUUAACUGAGUAUAGAAUAUUAUUAAUUGUUUUAAAUUGAUUAAUACUUUAUGUCUUACAAGUAUCCCAAGUAUAUGCGACUUCUGUAUUUUUAAUUUUUUUUUUGUUAUUGAUUUAAUUAAGUUGUAUGCAUUUAUUUAAAAUGUAAACCUAUUUUUUUAAACUUUUAUUCAAUAAAAUAAUGUGUGAAUUUAAUAUUGUUAACAACUAAAUUGUUAUGAGUCAUAACUGUGCACAGACAUUACUGGCAGGGUAGUCAUAAAUAACACAUUAACAUACAUACACACACCAGAGGCGUGUUCAGUAAGUGGGCUUGGGCCUACCCUGAUUUUGAACCCUUAAAUAUAUCCAAAAUAUGCAUUUUUAAAUUAAAAACAAGAAAUUGCUUAUUCCUUUUUUGUAUUAACAAACAAAACAACCAUUUAUAUGAUAAAAAUUAAAAAAUGUAUAACAUCAAUAUUAAUUAUUCAAUAAUAUUAUGAUUGAUUGUACAUUUUAAACAAAUAUAUUAAAAAUUCCAUUAAAAAAUUGAGUAUAUUGUUCAAAUUGUCCUUAUGACUUGACCUGUUCUAAAUUUUUAUCCUGGACAUGCUUCUGACACAACCACACAUAAAUAUCCUUAUUCACCACUAAGUUAUAAAAACUAAUUUAUAGUCAAAUUUGUCUAAUUUCAAACUUAAUAUGAUUAUUGAUUAUCAUGAUAAUAAUGAAUAUUGAGGGAAGGAAGUUUGCAGAGUAGUUAAGUGACUAUCCUGACUACUCCAUGCUUAUAGUUAUGACCUAAACUGUUUAGAUAGUAUUAUGUUUUAAAUAUUAUACAAUUCUCACUCACAGCUCAUCUCUGUUUACUCAA